AUGGGUCUUUCGGUCUCCCGUCUUCUCUCUGGCCUUUUUGGCAAGAAAGAAAUGCGUAUAUUGAUGGUUGGGCUGGACGCAGCCGGAAAAACAACCAUUCUGUACAAGUUGAAGCUGGGCGAGAUCGUGACCACGAUCCCCACUAUCGGUUUUAAUGUCGAGACUGUCGAGUACAAGAACAUUUCGUUCACUGUCUGGGAUGUCGGAGGACAGGACAAGAUUCGUCCUCUCUGGAGGCAUUAUUUCCAAAACACCCAAGGAAUCAUUUUCGUAGUUGACUCCAAUGAUCGGGAACGUGUCUCCGAGGCGCGAGAGGAGUUGCAGAGGAUGCUCAACGAGGAUGAACUUCGGGAUGCCCUUCUGCUCGUUUUCGCUAACAAGCAGGACUUGCCAAAUGCGAUGAGUGCCGCUGAGAUUACCGACAAGCUCGGUCUUCAUGGCCUUAGACAGAGGACGUGGUUCAUUCAGGCGGCAUGCGCAACUAGCGGUGAUGGUCUCUACGAAGGUCUCGAGUGGUUGAGCGUCAACAUCAAGCGGCGGGUGUAA